AGAUGUUUAUAUGUGAACACUGGUGCAGCCAGCCCACCCCGACUGACUUGCAUAAAACUUCUUGGCAGCAGACRAACUUUCAGUUGGUGGCCAGGCGCAGAGGAAAGACGCAGAAACCUGACAGAARCGGCGAUGGCGUCUUUAGGGUUGCAGAUUCUCGGGGUUGCUCUGGCCGUGAUCGGAUGGUUGGGGAACAUCCUGAUCUGCGCGCUGCCACUAUGGAGAGUCUCUGCCUUCAUUGGCAACAACAUUGUGGUGGCCCAGAGCAUCUGGGAAGGCCUGUGGAUGAGCUGCGUGGUGCAGAGCACAGGCCAGAUGCAGUGCAAAGUCUACGACUCCCUCCUGGCUCUGCCUCCAGACCUCCAGGCGGCUCGGGCCAUGAUCGUCAUCUCCAUCCUCUUCUCUUUCUUCGGCCUGCUGCUGUCUGUGGUUGGUGGGAAAUGCACCACCUGCAUCGAGGAUGAAACAGCCAAAGCUCGAGUGUGCAUCUCUGCUGGGAUUUUCUUCCUCCUGAGCGGAGCGCUGUGCCUUGUGACCGUCUCUCUGCCGGCCAACGCCAUCAUCAAGGACUUUUACAACCCGCUGAUUCCUGACGCUCAGAGGCGGGAGCUGGGCGCCUGCCUGUAUGUGGGCUGGGGGGCAGCGGGACUUUUACUGAUCGGUGGGGCGCUGCUGUGCUGUCAGUGCCCGUCAGGAAGAGAGCACUACAAUGGGGUAAAGUACACUGCGCCCCAAUCCACAACGCCAGGGAAGGAGUUUGUCUGAGCUGCUGAGCAACAGAGACAAACUCACCAAAAGACAGAACAAACUCUUCCUCAGAGGAGAUUCUGACUAAUAUCAUCGACUAAAACAAACUGGCUUUCUGCUUGAGAAAGAUUGAUAGAUUAACUCAUUAAACGUUAGGAUUUUGUAAUUAUUUCCUUACUUAUUGAUUGUGAUGAUCAGUAAGAUUUUCUAACAGGCACUUGUUUUUGUUUGUAUUAUCUGAGAUGCAUUUUUCAAUGCUAUAUUUUAUUAAAAUAAUUACAUUUUAUGUCAAAAAUGUGGCAUGUGCUUUUUAUUCACAAGUGAAAUAUGUUUUUGGAGUACCAACUAUUCUACCUUCAAUCAGGGGGUUUGUCUGUGACUAAGUUAAAUUUAGGGAAAAUGUUCUUAAAUCUGGAUGUUAAUUAAAUUGUUAGAGGGGUUUUCAAAGUGAGGUUUGUGGGCCAGUUGAAGCUGGUCAGGAAUUGUACAUAUUUCUCCAGCAGCACAAGUGGUUGAUGAAAACACUUCAUAAACUAUUUCUGGUGAGAUUUUCUCAGAAAAAUGUUAAUAAAAAAAAAAUCAAGACCAAAUGUGUACCAAGAAAUCUGUU